GAAGAGCUCAGGAGAUGCUGCAGAUUUAAAUCAGUCCUUAUUCUAUGAAAUGAGUGCCAUUUGCAAUCUGUUACACAUUAAAAUCAUCAAUUUUUAAGCCCUGAAGAACAUGUGAUGUUAGAAUUAGUCAUAUAAUAGGUAAUGGCAGACAGGUGAAGGGUGUAAUUCAGUGGACACUAGGAAAUCAGGAUGACAGUUUGGCACCGCCUUCUUAGUGGUUCCCUACACAACAGACUGUGUCAUGUUUCCAAAUUAACCAGAAAUGGUGGACUGGGUCUCUCCUGGAGCUGUCUGCAGAAAAUUUACAGGGAGAGACAGUAUUCAACACUCGCUACUGAAGAAGUGAGCCUACCAACCCAGGCGAGAGUUGUGGUAUGUGGUGGCGGUGUGAUUGGUACGUCAGUGGCGUAUCAUCUCUCAUUGAGGGGCUGGAAUGAUGUUGUUCUUCUGGAACAGGGGCAGUUAGGUUGUGGUACAACCUGGCACUCUGUGGGUCUGGUUGCUGUAGGAAAGGAUGAUCCAGAGAUGAUGAAGCUGCUGCAGUACAGUAGGAACCUGUACGAGGGGUUUGAGCAUGAGGAGGAUGGUGGUAUAGGUUGGAAGAAAGUUGGGAGUAUUGAGGUGGCUCAGACCAAAGACAGGUUGAUUUCCCUGAAGAGGAAGAUUGCUAUGUUACAGACAGUUAAUGAAGAAGCCCAUUUAAUGCUGCCAAAGGAUGUCAAGGAAAUGUGUCCACACAUUAAGUACACAGACCUUCAGGGUGCUUUAUGGAUGCCCAAUGAUGGUGUAUGUACAGCCACUGAUCUUGUGUCCAUAUUUGCCAGGAAAGCUAAACAAAAUGGUGUAAAGAUUGCGGAGGGUGUAUCAGUGAACAAAGUGUUAACCAAGGAUGAUACCGUGGCUGCUGUAGAGACAAGCCACGGAACUAUUCAGUGUGAAUAUUUCAUCAACUGUGCUGGCCAGUGGUCGAGGGAGUUGGGAAAGAAGACAAUCCCAAAGGUUCGAGUUCCAGUACAUUCCUGUGAACAUUUUUAUAUAGUCACCCAGCCUAUAUCUGGAAUGGAUAAUAAUUUGCCAGUUAUCCGAGAUCCUGAUGGUCAUUGUUAUUUCCGUGAAUGGAAUGGUGGUGUAAUGGCAGGAGGGUUUGAACCCCCAGAGCAUGGCGGAAAACCAGUCUUCCAUAAGGGCAUCCCACCAAAGUUUGAAUUCCAGUUACUGCCUGAAGACUGGGACCAGUUCCAUGUGUUAUUGGAGGGAAUUUUGAAUCGCAUGCCACAGUUGAAUGAUGCACAAAUUAGGCAACUGACUAACGGACCUGAAAGCUUCACUCCUGACCAGAACUGGAUUCUUGGAGAGUCAUCCGAGGUAUAUAAUUACUACGUAGCUGCUGGGAUGCAUUCUAGAGGUAUUCAAGGUGCUGGUGGAGUUGGAAAAUACCUGUCUGAACUGAUUAUUGAUGGUUAUGGAAGUCUCGCCAACUUGUGGCCAUGUGAUAUACAGAGAUUUGUACCACAUCAUAGCAACAAAAAGUUCCUUAGAGACAGAGUCAAAGAAACAAUUGCAUUAUAUCACCUAAAGUAUUCCUACAAUCAGUUUUCGAGUGGAAGAAACCUGCGUACAUCACCCAUACAUACACAGCUAAAAGUUUAUGGAGCAAAGUUUGGAGAAACUAAUGCCUAUGAGAGGGCAAUGUGGUUUAUGCCAGAUAGUGAUGAAGAUGUUGACGAGUAUAUUGAAGCAAGUGAAAUGGCUAAAGGAACAUUUGGGAAACCUGGUUGGUUCAAUGCUGUAAAGCUAGAAUACCAGGCAUGUAAGGAACGUGUAUGUCUAGUCGAUAUGUCGUCUUUCACCAAGAUAGAAAUAAAGUCUAAGGGAACAGAGGCACUGGAGUUUCUACAGUACAUGUGCAGUAACGAUAUAGGGCAGGACAUCGGCACUGUUAUACAUACCGGAAUGCUCAACAAGCAAGGAGGCUACGAAAAUGACUGUAGUAUCGUCCCACUUCGAGAUAACACCUUUUUUCUGAUUGCCCCAACUUCUCAGCAAACACGAUGCAUGUUCUGGCUUCAAAAACAUCUUCCAAAAGAUGGGUCUGUCCAAGUGCGAGAUGUCACAUCCAUGUACUCUGGCCUUAACCUUGUUGGUCCACAUGCACAGCAAUUGCUCAGUGAUGUUACAGAGACCUCAACGAAAAAACAUGACUUCAAACCAAUGACCUGCCAGGUGAUAGAUGUUGGAUAUGCCAGUAAUAUUAUUGCCAUGAGACUGACACAUUGUGGAGAAGAUGGAUUUGUGAUGUAUAUACCUUCAGAGUAUGCAUUACAUGUGUAUGAGAUGUUGAUGAAAGCAGGAAAGGAUUAUGGUAUACGUAAUGCUGGAUACAUGGCACUUCGUCAUCUUCGUAUAGAGAAACUGUUUGCAUAUUGGGGUACGGACAUGGAUCCGACAACCACACCGUACGAGACAGGAAGAGAUUUCAGAGUUAGCCUUGAUAUUGAAAAUAAUUUCCAGAGGAAAGACUUCAUUGGGAAAGAGGCUCUGUUGAAACAAAAGGAAUUUGGAAUCAGUAAGAAGUUUUGCCAGCUUCUGUUAGACAACUUCGAUACAGACGCUGAAGUAUGGCCAUCUGGCAAAGAGCCAAUUUUUAGAAACGGUAAACUAGUUGGACUGACAACGUCGAGUGCUUACGGGUUUACGCUUGACAGAUUUGUUUGUCUUGGAUAUAUAAAUCAUUUAGACGAUAAUGGAAAACCUGUGAUAACGAAAAGAAUCCAUGAUUAUAUCAAAGAUCCUUCGGCAAGGUACGAGAUUGAUGUUGCCGGAACAAGAUAUCCUGUUCAGGUUGGCAUUUAUACUCCAAAGAAGGCUUACAAGGCUUCGGAUAAACCUACGUUUAUUCCAGUACCUGGGACAUAGAUUUUUAUAGUCAAUACAUAGUGCAGUUUUUUAUCCAUUCCUAUUUUAGUAAGUCAGAAUAUCUAGGUGCUUGUAGAAUUUUUCUUUCUAUAGAUGUUUAUCCCAGUAUGUAAUUUCACGUUGUAGUGAACAAGAAAAGUGAUACCCCGCUGUCUUUAUGGUCCAUGUUAUAUUUUUUUCUGAUAAGUUGCUAAAUGUUAAAUAAUAUCUUUUGCUUACAUUGAAUAAGUACUUUGUUGAAAUACUACAGAGUAGAUUGGUUUUGAUGAAUUUUGUAAUUCAGAUAUUGUUUAUUAUAUAUGUUAAUUUAUUAGUGAUUUUGUGAAAUAGCUUAUUGUGAAAACUUUUUUUUUGUUGAUGAGAUUUUAAUACUGGUUAAUUCUGAUAAGAUUUUGCAAGAUACAAUAAAGAUAGAAUGAUUGGCACCAUAAUUAAAGUCUUCAUUUUAUUAGCUAUGUAUACCUUAAUUUGGCAACAAUGACACUUGCAUUAUCUGAACUGUUUUUACUGCAAAUAGAAUGUCUCACACAAUUCAUUAUUCAGACAUAUAAGCUUACACAUUUGCUAGUUGAUUGGCAUUAUUAUGCCCCCCUUCGAAGAAGGAGGGGUAUAUUGUUUUGCAGAUGUCUGUCGGUCUGUCGGUCGGUAGGUCGGUCGGUCGGAAUGUAGACCAAUCCGUUUCCGGAUGAUAACUCAAGAACACUUGGGCCUAGGAUCAUGAAAGUUGAUAGGGAGGUUGGUCAUCACCAGUAGAUGACCCCUAUUGAUUUUGAGGUCAGUAUAUUAAAGGUCAAGGUCACAGUGACCCUGAAUAGUAAAACGGUUUCCGGAUGAUAACUCAAGAACACUUGGGUCUAGGAUCAUGAAAGUUGAUAGGAAGGUUGGUAAUGACCAGCAGAUGACCCCUAUUGAUUUUGAGGUCAGUAUGUUAAAGGUCAAGGUCACAGUGACCCUGAAUAGUAAAACGGUUUCCGGAUGAUAACUCAAGAACGCUUAGGCCUAGGGUCACAAAAGUUUAUAGGGAGGUUGGUCAUGACCAGCAGAUGACCCCUAUUGAUUUUGAGGUCAAUAGGUCAAAGGUCAAGGUCACAGUGACCAGGAACAGUAAAAUGGUUUCAAGGCAAUAACUCAAGAACGCUUGGGUCUAGUGUCAGGAAAAUUGAUAGUUAGGUUGGCCAUGACCAGCAGAUGAUCCCUAUUGAUUUUGAGGUCAUUAGGUCAAAGAUCAAGGUCACAUUGGCAAGGAAGAGUGAAAUGGUUUCUGAUCUUCUUGUCCAAAACAAUAGGGCCCAGGGCUUUGAUAUUUGGUAUGUAGCAAAAUCUAGUGGUCCUCUACUAAGAUUGUUGAGAUUAUUUCCCUGGGGUCAAAUAUGCCCCCACCCCGGGGGUCACAUGGUUUAUAUAGACUUAUAUAGGGAAAAACUUUGAAAAUCUUCUUGCCAAACCACAAAGACUAUGGCUUUGAUAUUUUGUAAUGUAGCAUCAUUUAGUAGUUCUCUUAACAAGUUUGUUCAAAUUAUCCCUGUAGGGUCAAAUAUAACCCCGCCCCAGGGGUCAUAUGGUUCAAAUAGACUUAUAUAGGGAAAAACUUAGAAUCUUCAUGUCCAUAACUUACAUCAUUCAAAUUUGGACCACAUGUAUAGUUUUGAAUGGCAAGAUGAACCUUGACAUGAGUUGACCUUGAUCUUGACCUAGUGACCUACUUUCACAUUUCUGUAGCUACAGCCUUCAAAUUUGGACCACAUGCAGGUUUGUGUACCAAAAAAAACUUUGACCUUGUUAUUGACCUAGUGACCUCCUUUCACAUUUUUCAAGGUACAGGCUUCAUAUUUGGACCACAUGCAUAGUUUUUUGUUCAAAAAUAAAAUUUGACCUUGAUUUUGACCUAGUGACCUACUUUCACAUUUCUCAAGCUACAGCCUUCAAAUUUGAACCACAAGCAUAGUUUUGUGUAUUGAAAUGAACUUUGAUCUUGAGAUUGACCUAGUAACCUACUUUCACAUUUCUUAAGGUACAGGCUUCAAAUUUGGACCACUUGCAUAGUUUUGUGUUCUGAAAUAAAAUUUGACCUUGAUUUUGACCUAUUGACCUACUUUCACAUUUCUCAAGCUACAGCCUUCAAAUUUGAACCACAUGCAUAGUUUUGUGUACCAAAAUGAACUUUGAUAUUGAGAUUGACCUAGUGACCUACUUUCACAUUUCUGAAGCUACAGGCUUCAAAUUUGGACCGCAUGCCUAUUUUUGUGUUCUGAAUUGAAAUUUGACAUUGAUUUUUACCUAUUACCUACUUACACAUUUCUCAAGCUACAACCUCCAAAUCUGAAGCACAUGUAUAGUUCUGUCUACCAGAAUGAACUUUGACCUUGAAAUUGAUCUAGUGACCUGCUUUCACAUUUCUCAAGCCACAGCUUUCAAAUUUGGACCACAUACACAUUGUUUUGUACCAAAAUUAAAUUUGACCUUGAUUUUGACCUUGAGCUAGUCUUGAAAUUUGGAACAUUCAAAAAUGGCUCAGUGGAUGGCGCCAAGAUCACUCGGUAAUCUCUUGUUAGGUAAAUAGGUUAAAGGUCAAGGUCAGAUUAAACCAAAAUGGUUGAACUUUUGUUUACAGUGAGCAUAUAAUUUCUGUUCCUUGUGCAAUUACUGAAUGCAUCAAGGGGGGCAUUUCGUGUUCGACGAGCUCUUGUUUAACAUUUGUACUCUAGAAUGUGUUAAUUUAUAUAAUGCAUAUGUAGGGACAUGUCUCCAUAUCUCUGUGUGUUGUUCUUUUUUGAAUUUAGAAAGUACUUCCAUUAGUUUUUGUAAAUAAAAAGUAAAUAGAC